CUCGGCGCGCCAGGCAAGCUCAAUCAAUCGUCCCUCGUGCCCAGGUGUAAAACUCCCUGGUGAUUUCCCGUUUGACUGCAACAAUGGUACGUUCCUAAACCUUAAAUCCCUCUCAAGCAUGGCCGAUUUUGGCAGGUGGCAAAUAUGGCACUUCGUGAGGGUAGUUGGGAGGAUGAGUUGCAGGGACAGUUCUCGCUUUUAUCCGCUACUUCGUUCGAGGUCAAAGAAGAAAGUGAGGACACACAUGGAAGCUCCAACACCGGGAUACUAGACUUAAGUGACGAAGUCUUUAUUCUCAUCCUACGUCGGCUGGAUCCCACGUCUCUCUUGAGAGUUGGGAGCACCUGCCGAACCCUGUUUCGAGUUUGUUCCUGCAACUCACUGUGGACAAGACACUUCCAGACCUCAUUUGGAGUCCAGUUUUCCACCGCCACCUGCUCCAUCUCUGCCAAGAGUGCCUUCCGUUUGAUCUUCAUGUGGCGGACUCUCUUUAGAAACCUGUACUGUAACCGGUCUCUUCAGGAGAAGCUCUUUGCAGAGAUCCCAUUCCCACCACACAAGUACUGGGUCCAGUGGCUGGUUCUGGAAGAGACUGUUCCUCUGCCCUCUGUGAGACUGCCUUGCACCGACAUAGAGAGCUUAUGGGGAAUUGAGAAGGAAGUGUUGGAAGGUAAAGUCCAAGAGGAGGAUGAGGGCAGAAUGCUGAAGUUCGAAUGGAAGGAGCUGUAUGCCUUGGCUCUUGAGCACCAUGGAAGCAUUGCCAAGGUUUUCCAGCAUGUUCUCAACCAACAGAGCAAUGACCACUGUGAGCUGGAGGCCAUGUUCAGUCAGUACAGCCAGUGUCGGUUCCAAUGGCUCUUCACCUACUGGUUGUUCCGCCAGCCAGCGCCCUUCGACAGGCAGCUCAGGGCCAUCUACCUGCAGUGGCAGAAGCACAGCAAGAGGAAGGUGGUGUCCUGGGGAGGCACGUUGUGUGACAUCAGGUACCUGGCCUCAUUGCAUCACAUCACCACCGACUACUGGCGGGGCAAGCUGGCCCAGGGUGACGAGACUGUGGGAAUUCAGACAGUGGAAAACUAUUUCUCCAUGUGCAAAUCCCUGGUGGCCUGGAUUUUAGGGCGUGACUGGGGCAGAUUGAAACGCAAAAAGGUGUAUGAGGACACACUGGAGGGUGUGUACCUGCUGCUGAGGAGGGAGAUGCAGGAGACCCUGGUGGUGCACGAGAGGUUCUGGCAGGUGGCCAAGGUCCAGAUGACCCGAGUGUGCACCCUGGAGGAGACUGCUGUAAACUAUGUCAACUGGAAGAUGAUUGAAACACUGCCCUACUACAAGCUGUACAUGGUGUCAGGCAACAUGGUGUACCUAGACCACGUGCAGGGCUUCCUCCACAGGAAGAGGCUGGUCCAUGACUGGUUCUUCAUGAAGGAGAACACCUGGGUCAGACAGCUGCUGCCUGGUGACCUCUACCCUCUCCUGGAGUUUGACACCAAGAUCUCCCAAGACAGCCUGCAUGGAGACUCCAUGCCAGCCCAGUUGAGCAGGGUGCUCUGGCUGUACCUCCACUCUGGACGGACACUCUACCUGGAGGCAGUGAAAGGCCUGGUGCUGCAGUGUGCUCAGGCCAGUCUGGGCCACUUCUGCAGCCUCUCCCCUGGCGCCUCCGUUCAGCCCCAUGUCAGCUAGCUGGCUAACACAGAUUGACCACCUGACCACUCCGUUUUAGAGCCUCUACGAGAUGUACAGUAACACUUUUUUCUAUACUGGAUCCAGUGUCCACAGUGCUUUUCACUUUUUACUGUAUUUUAUCACCACUUAGAUUUUAGCUAGUGCUGGUGAGCUGGAAUCUAGAUUUUAAAUGAAUUUUUAAACUUUAAUCUUUAUCAAUAGUUAAUGAAAUGUAGGCUAUUGAUGUACAUUGUAGAAACCUUGUUUGCUGUCAUGUAAUUACUCUACAGCCAACAUUUGAGAAAAGCCAUUGAAGUGUUGGCAUUUAUCAAUCAUUCUCAAAUGGUGGUAAAUUUAUUCAAAGCCUAACAAUUCUUGGCCAAAUAACAAAGGCUAGAAACUUAACAGUGCUGGGUUGCUGUAUAAUGAAUAAACAACUCUGACAAA